UCUCUCUCUCUCUCUCUCUACACACACACUCGGCUUGCCAUUAGUCAUCACACACACACUCUCUCUCUCUCUCUCUACACACACACUCACAAAAGUGCAUAUGUGUGUGUAGGACAUAUAUUCAUCUCAUGGCUUCGUCUCUGUCAUGUUUCUGCUGCUCCAACCAGAGGAUCAUAUUUCACUACCCCAGAAUGAGGUCCCAGAGCUUUAGAGACAAUGGGAAGCCAGAAAACAGUGUAGAUGCAAACCUGAGGGUUUUAAGGGCGAGAAUCCAUAGAAUCAAGGAGAGAGAAAAGCUUGUGGAUAGAUGUGGUUGGAAUUAUAAGCAUGUUUGUGAGGAUAAGCACAAGAUAUCAUCAUCUCCAAAUGAUCAUAAAGCUAAUUUCUUAUCAGAGUUCGCAGAAUUGAUGGCCAUAAUCUGUGGUGCUAUUGGACUUGUCUUUCUCUUCGGUUCUCUCUGCCUCUGCCUUGUAUCACUGCUUUUUGGGUUCAUAUCUAAUAACGAUGUGUGAACAAUAUACCCUCUUGUUUGCUGAUCAAAUAACAUGAUAGAGGGGGGGAAAUCUUGACUUCAUUUUCUGGGAUGUGGAAAUUUCCUUUUCUUUGUGA